ACUGGAGUAUUUGUAACAUCAGAUACCUAUCUAUCUGUGUUCUUAGUAAGAUAUGUAUUCAUGAAGGAUAUUUAUAAAGUGUCCAUUGAGCCUAUGACCAGAUCAUCAGGAACAAUGGUGGAAGGGCUGGAAAGCCAAAAUGGUUAUUCUUGCUUAUCUUUAAAAGUCCUUGGACAUUCCACAUGUAAACUACUUUCAAAUCAUCUGGAUAUUCCUGCAGAUAUUGUGACAGAAAAUGGAUUAACUCCAGACGUUUUUGGAUUAGCUGAACUUGCUGGAUUUGAUUCCAGUUACGUUAGACGUUUGGCUACAAAAUCAGAAAAAACUGUUGCACUGUUAGAGGCAUGGUCAAGAAAAUCUGACGGAACCAUUGGAAGACUCCUAACAUCUUUGGAUGCCCUUGGGAGACUUGAUUGCAAAACUGAUAUUACUCCAAGCAUAGCAAGAGAUAUAAAGAACUGGUUAGACAGUGAUACCAAAGAACCAAAUCACUUAGUCUCAGAUACCCCACGCACCCAUCCUCCAAAGUUGCGUCUUCCUGCCCCCACAUCAAACAACUUCCAGCGAGGGGAAAUUUUCUCCUCUCCCGUGGACAGUGUCUCCUCACCUGUAUCCCCCACAAAGUCCACAGGGGGCAUCAGUGACCACAGCGAUGGACCAUUGACCUUGGACGAUCUUGACGGAAACCAGACAUCCUAUGUUGCUUGUAUUUGUUGCUCAGAUGAAGACAUAGAAAUUGCUCACACAAUUAUCGAAGCAUACCGAGAGGUUACGAAUACUCUACAAUUCUUCCUUCCCCAGGAACAACUAUUGGGCGGGAAAUAUGAGUACGAAUCCCUAGCAGAGGUCAUUGAAGACAGGUGUGAUGGUCGUCUUCUUGUAGUUAUGUCAAAGACUUAUGGUGCUAGUUCUGCCUGUAUUUUCUCCACCCAGUUCGUUAAGUCCUUAGAUCCAGAUGCAAAGCGAAGAAAGAUCAUCCCCAUCAUAAAGGACGAGGACGCGUCCUAUCCAAGAGUCCUCCGCGGCAUCAAUGCUAUCAAGCUCCAGCGUCUCAAAUACACUUUACCAUUCUGGAAGCUUCUGUCUGCUUCCCUGGAAAUUAAGUUCAUUCCCAAGUAUAAUCAAUCGGAUACUAGUAGUUCUUUUUCCUCUUCAUCAAGCGCCAUUGCUAACAGUUCGUCAAGCUCAAGUUCAAGCAGUAGUUCAUCCGGUCCUUCCUCCUCCAUGAACUCGUAUCCUUCCUCAUCCUUAAGUAAAUCUAAUAUUCGCUCCAGGACUUUUUCGGUGGAAUCUCUCGAAAGUAUCAUUGAUAACGAAGAGGUACCAGACGUGUCUCGGAUACAUAACAUACAGCGGCCGAUUUCGUCUAAUAACUGUAGUCAAAAUUUAUCCAGUUCAAGUGUUUGUCAAAGUAAAAUGUCGAAGUCCCCAAUUACGGAAGAUUUUUCAUCUUUUGACAACACAGAAAAGGUGCGACUUCGACAUUCAAACAGUGAUCAAAAAAUGACAAAGUCUUCGGACAACUCUUGUUCCAACUGCAAUCCAGGAACCGUGAAAAAAUCCAGCAAAAAAUUGGUGACGAAAAUCAUGAAAACAUUUAAAUUUCGAAGUAAAAGCUCUAAGUCCUUGGUGGAUGAACCCAGCAAUUCUUCAAAGACGCCCACAACAUUUCGAUCAACUUCAGAGCCUGUGGAAGGCAUCCAGAGAACAUUCAAGUCGUGUGAUGACAUUUUCGGUGAACAAAGAAGAGAAAAGUCCAAACUUCACUUUGUUCAAAACAUUGUCACUUCCAUAAAGACUGGCAUUUCCGGUUCCAGAGAAUUCACAAAAAGUGGACAAAAUCUGACACCCGGGUCGAGUUGUGAAAGAUUAUCGUCUCCAGUUCGAUCUUCUAGUAGUCUUCAAUCGAGUGACGUAGUUCCGGCUGUUGAACUUCCGCUAAAUAUCAGUAUGAACACUUUUAACGUGAUUCAGAGAGAGUACUCUUUUGAGGGCAAUUCGGAGUCGGCCAUCAUGCGAUCGUCUAAUAGUUAUUCAGACACCAAUACGGAAUCGGCCAUUCUUCGAGGAGCUGGCUCGACCGAGAGCAUUGAUGACAAUAAUGCACAAUUCUCACUUUGUUGAUUGUUAUAUAACGAAAUCUCAAAAAGUCCCCAUUAUUCCUGUUUGUUGAGAUUAGCUUGGUGAAUUAGAAAAUGAAGAAAAUAAGUAUUGUUUUAGAACGUGGCAUGUAUGUAUAUACAUUGAUUUUGAAUUAUAGUAUGAGGGAAUAUUUGAAAACUAUGUCAAUUUAUUUGUUUUCUCAAAAUACGAAAGAAAAUUUGAAGAUUGUUUUUGGGAAGGGGGAGGCGGGUAUAAAGUUAAAUGAUUUAUAGUAUUGCCCAUAUGUUAGAUUUUUUUCAAAUGCAUGUCAAUAUAUUAUUGUAAAGUAUUAUCAAUUGUGUUUUUAAAAUUAAACCAUUAAGUAUGUGUAUAUACAUUAAUGAAAACGUAAAAUUUUGACAUUUAAAUAAUAAUAAUAAAAAAUAAAUAU